UGCCGGACUCAAGCCGGAAGUGACGCAAGGCUCUUGGCAGCGGAAGCCGCCGUGGUUGACACUUCGACUGGCGACAAUGGCGACCGAUGUGAGGCAGGAGCUUGCACAGCUAAUGAACUCCACUGGAUCUCAUAAAGAUCUUGCGGCCAAAUAUCGACAAAUUUUGGAGAAGGCCAUUCAGUUUACAGAUGCAGAGCAGCUGGAGUCCUUGAAGGCCUUUGUUGAAGCAAUGGUUAAUGAAAACGUCAGUCUCGUCAUAUCGAGACAGCUGCUCACAGAUUUCUGCACACAUCUUCCCAACCUGCCCGACGCCACAGCUAAAGCAGUGUAUCACUUCACUUUGGAGAAGAUUCAGCCCAGGGUCAUCUCCUUUGAGGAACAGGUAGCUUCAAUCAGACAGCACUUAGCAACCAUUUAUGAAAAGGAGGGAGACUGGAGGAACGCUGCUCAGGUUUUAGUGGGUAUUCCCCUGGAAACAGGACAGAAGCAAUACAAUGUUGACUAUAAGUUGGAUACGUACCUGAAAAUUGCCCGUCUCUACUUAGAGGAUGAUGAUCCAGUGCAGGCGGAGGCAUACAUCAACAGAGCCUCAUUGCUUCAGAAUGAGUCCUCUAAUGAACAGCUGCAGAUACACUAUAAGGUGUGCUAUGCCAGAGUCCUGGACUUCAGGAGGAAGUUCAUUGAAGCUGCACAAAGAUACAACGAGCUGUCCUAUAAGUCGAUUGUCCACGAGACCGAACGCCUGGAGGCACUAAAACACGCCCUAAACUGCACCAUCCUGGCUUCUGCAGGCCAGCAGCGUUCCCGUAUGUUGGCCACUCUUUUUAAAGAUGAGCGCUGUCAGCAGCUGGCUGCCUACGGUAUUCUGGAGAAGAUGUACCUGGACCGCAUCAUCAGAGGAAACCAGCUGCAGGAGUUUGCUGCCAUGCUGAUGCCUCACCAGAAAGCCACCACAGCAGAUGUCUGUGAGGUUUCUCUUACAGGAUCCAGCAUCCUCGACCGAGCCGUGAUUGAACACAACCUUUUGUCCGCUAGCAAACUCUAUAACAACAUCACCUUUGAAGAACUAGGAGCACUUUUAGAAAUCCCCCCCGCCAAGGCGGAGAAGAUCGCUUCUCAGAUGAUCACCGAAGGACGCAUGAACGGCUUCAUCGACCAGAUCGACAGCAUCGUCCACUUUGAGACCCGCGAGGCCCUUCCCACCUGGGACAAACAGAUCCAGUCUCUGUGUUUCCAGGUCAACAACCUCCUAGAAAAGAUCCGCGCGGCCGCUCCCGAGUGGGCGGCGCAGGCGAUGGAAAGCCAGAUGACCCAGUAACCCCCCCCCCCCCACACACACACACACACACACACACUGUCCCCUCCUGGCUUGAAGUGUUGUCUUCCUGGUCAACAAACACUGGCGUCCCGGCCUCUGGUGUCCUGUCACUUGUUUGAAUAUUCAUAAAACUCUUUAUUACUUUAUUACGCCGUGCUGCGUACGUGGCGACGACCUGCGGCGUAGUUUCUACACAAUGACGCAACAACAUCUGUCAAGUGGUCCUUUGUGUAAAAACGUCCUCGGUCCGCUCUUGUGAAAUUCAGAAUUAAAAUGAAAGCGAGAAAGAAACCA